GGUACCAAAGGGAGAAAUAAAGGAGAAUUUACAAAUCUUCAAGGGGUAGCUGCAUCUACAAGUGGAAAGAUAUUAAUUGCAGACAGCAACAACCAAUGUGUACAGAUAUUUUCCAAUGAUGGCCAGUUCAAAAGUCGGUUUGGCAUACGAGGACGCUCUCCCGGACAGCUGCAGCGGCCCACAGGAGUAGCCGUGCAUCCCAGUGGGGACAUAAUCAUUGCAGACUAUGAUAAUAAGUGGGUUAGCAUUUUCUCUUCUGAUGGCAAGUUUAAGACAAAAAUCGGAUCAGGAAAGUUGAUGGGGCCCAAAGGAGUCUCUGUGGACCGCAACGGGCACAUCAUUGUGGUGGACAACAAGGCGUGCUGCGUGUUUAUUUUCCAGCCAAAUGGGAAAAUAGUCACCAGGUUUGGUAGCCGAGGAAAUGGGGACAGGCAGUUUGCAGGUCCCCAUUUUGCAGCUGUAAAUAGCAAUAAUGAGAUUAUUGUUACAGACUUCCAUAAUCAUUCUGUCAAGGUGUUUAAUCAGGAGGGAGAAUUCAUGUUGAAGUUUGGCUCAAAUGGAGAAGGAAAUGGGCAGUUUAAUGCUCCAACAGGUGUAGCGGUGGAUUCAAAUGGAAACAUCAUUGUAGCAGAUUGGGGAAACAGCAGGAUCCAGGUUUUUGAUGGAAGUGGAUCAUUUUUGUCCUACAUUAACACAUCUGCCGACCCACUGUAUGGCCCCCAGGGCCUGGCCCUGACUUCAGAUGGUCACGUUGUGGUUGCAGACUCUGGAAACCACUGUUUCAAGGUCUACCGGUACUUACAGUAGUGGUGGGCAGAUGGACCCUCCUCUCCCAAAGGUCUUGCACUAUAAACUGGAAGGGAUUUCUCGACGCGGGACCAGAUUACACUAGACUUUUCAUGCUAGAAGGAAUCAUUGGCGAACUUUCCAAGGUGAUUUCUGAAUGUAACAAUUUCCUUAAAAACUGCAUAUCUGAUUUCUGUAAUUCGCCUUUAGGGUUUGAAAGAAGGAAAUCCCUUCUACUGAAUCUUUGGAAAACGCAGCGUUUCACACCUGUGAACUAUGGCUUCUAGGACAGGGAUUUAUGUAGUUGAACUGAUUUUGCAAAUCAAGCAAGCACUAAAAAAAACCUAGAAUAUUUAAAGGUGUUUGUUAAUCCCGUGAAUGGUAGCUUUUGUGCAGAGCCUCCAAAAACAAAACAAAACAAAACAAAACAAAAACAGAAUCUGUUGUACUUUAUUUAACUUCAAUUACAAGACCCGGGGGAUCUUCUAACCUCACUUUUACAGUCGGUCUUAACUCAUGUGACAUUUUUUCGGUUAUCAGUAACUACAUGUAAAUUAGGAGCAAAUAAGACUGUCUUUCAAAACCCUCCCAGAUGUGAUUAGGCAGGUCUCUUGAGUUUAGCAUUUAAAAACCACUGCACAUAUCCCAUCCUUUCUGGGUUAGAUCAAAGAUCCUUUUUGUGUGUUCUCACCUUUUCUCUCCUGCUCCCCUUGUAUCAAAAAACAGUCCAUUUUCAGGGAAACCUGAAAUUCCGAAUGCUUUAAAAAGCAUAUUACAAUAGCAAUGCUACCUUUUGGUAAACAAACAGCCCCCCUCAACUCCAGAUUAGUGCACUGACAUGUGGUCAAGAAAAAGUCAGUCACAUUUUAUGUGCCAUGUUCUCACGUGUCUCUCCUCUUCCACUUCACGAAAGCGAAAGCUUUACCUCCUGCAAAAUGUCAGCACAUGUAGUAGGACGCCAGUGUCCUAGGACAGAGAGCCAUAAGUAGCCCUUUGGAGGACAGAUGGUGUCAGCCAAAGGCAUGUGAUUGAUUAAUGGUUUCCCCUUAGAAAGCAAGUGUUACCAAAGUCGUGUUAUCUCGAAAGCAUUACAGGUUAAGGGCAUGUUACGGUUAUUUAUCAUUGUCUAAUGAAUAGUAGAGGCAUUAAAGGACUAUGUAUACAUGAUUAGGGUAAGGUAGAAUGUAUCAUAUAUAUAUAUAUAUAUAUAUAUAUAGCUGAACCUUUGGUGUAUUGAAAUAGGCAGCACUCUGAAAGACAGAAGCAUCGUCCAGCACAUCCCUUUACUGAGCAGUUUAAAGCCGUCCCUAGUAGAGCAAGCCCUAAAACAGGUAUAAUUUUCACCAUUUUCCAGGAAUGAUGGUAUUGGCUGACUUUCAGUCAGAAAAUGGCCUUCUGUGCUUUCAAAAGCAAAAACAAAACGAAAACAGGUUGAAAAGGAAACGUUGAACUUUAGUUACUCUUAAUUUAAACUAAGUAUAAAUGGGUUUUGAGAAAUGUGAAGAAAAAUUUAGUCAAUUGUUAAUCUGUCUUUGAUACUGUAAGGUAAGACGUGGUCUGUUUCCACUGUUUAAUUUUCUACUCAGUUCUACCAAAUAGGAUGUCAUGUUUGGCAUCUUUGAUAUGACUUUGGGAUCUUUUUCACUGAAAGCACCUUAGAACUGUACUAUAAGAAAACAUUUCCCAUAUGUAUAAUUAUAUGUGAUGUUUAUUGCUUAAUUUAUAACCCAGUCAUUCUCUUAAAAUAGGACUUUUUUAAAUUUAGAAGGGAAAUCUAGCUACUUCCAAUUGUCUGUCAAAUUUAUUAUGCCCAAAUCAACCUCUCAAAAAAAAAUGUUUUCAGGAAGAUUUACAUUUAGGUUUAGAAUUUCUUUUUCUUUUUUCUUUUUUUUUUUUUUUUAGUUAGGUAGAGUUUUCAAAAUAUUUGAGACUGUGAUAAAGUUAUAAAAUUCAAUAGCAUUUUUGGAUGUUAAAUAAAAUACUGUUUCCUAACAUCAGCGAACUAAGUCUUUGAAUUCAAACACUCGUAUUUAAUGAGUGCUUACUAGGUGCCAGGCACUAUUUUAGGCACUGGGGAUACAGCAAUAGACAAAAGAGACAAAAAUCCCUGCCUGCUUGGAGCUUACACUCUAGGGAGGGAAUUUCAUUUUGCCCUUUACUAACAUUCUGCAUAAAAGAUAAGCUAGACCUUUGAUAGGUCCUAGACCGUUUAAAAGAAAACCUUUUAAAUUUGUUAAAAUAACUUCUGUUUGUUUUCACAAGUAAAAGUGGCUUCCUGUUUAGAUUCUGUCACAGGCUAUUGGUCUUAAGACUAGUUGACUUAAAAGUGUUUUUUGCACAACAUUGAAAUUAUACUUGUGAAUUUAGAAAUUAACUAGCCGUCCUACCAUAUCGGGCUGGGUAUCUCAAUAAUAUAUUGAAUAUGAAGCUAUUUUUUUUUUAAUCUGUCAAUAUUGGCACAAAUUGGAAUGGAAGAAUAGAUAGUUUGAUUCAGACUUAUUCCACUAUCUGUUACUAAAACACAUGUUGUGGGCACUCUAAGAAACACUGUAUUUUCCCCUCCAAAAUAUAUAAUCAUGUAUGGUAAAGUAUAGAUAACAUUUCACAUUUGGAUACAUAUUAGCAUUUACUGUAUUUCUUGAUGAGCAUAUUUGAGGAGGGAAAGUGCUGCUGAUAAGAUAGAGUAGACAAGAUUUACAUGAAAUUUUGUCACAUUCUCUGGAAAAUGGUUUCUGGUAAACUGAGAAGGAUAUUAAAAUAAGUGAUUUUUUUUUUUCCCUAAGCUAUCAUUAUUGUUUGAUUUCUCUUUGUCAAGUGUACAGAACCUGUCAUACGUUCAUGAUAAGUAGCACUGAGAAAUUACCCAUUCAAAUGUCCCCUGGGCACUUACGGCAGCAUAUUGCCAGUUUGAAUGUAAAGGUCAGUGACAAUGCAUUCCCUCCAAAACAGACCUCCCCUGCUGGGCUUGGGGGACGUGGUGACCUGGCCAUCCAGAAACACGUGAAUAAAAAGCCUUUAUGACUGUUCACCAUUUUUUAAAAUGGUACUUAGUAUCUUGAUCAAACUUUAGUCUCCAGUAACUAAACAAAUCCCCAAGUUUCCUUAUUUUAAUUUACUCUUUGACUAGAUUUGAGACAAAUAAAUACUACAGGUCCAUGCAACUAGAACACAGUUGCUUCUACUACUAAAUAUACAGGGUAUGUCCUCAUAUGAAGUUGACUGGAAUAGCAGUAUACUAGCAAGUGUCUAUGGAUCCUUAACAUGGAAGGAUUCACAUAAAUGCUUUGCUAAUACCUACUGAGUUAAUUGGAGGAAAUAGCAAAUAAAUAUUAGGUAAUGUGCAGAUUACUUCAAAAGGGAAAAACCUUUUUGUACAUUUGGACUCUAUAGUAUCCUCCCUAUUCACCAGCUUCUGGAACGGGAGGAGUAUUUUUAGUUUACUAAUUUAACAACAAGACAUUUCCAGGUAGGAGAACAUUGAAGCUGUUUGCUUGAGAACAUCAUCUAAUUUUGCUUAAAAUCGAAAGUCGUAAUACUGUUGCAUUCUGUAAAUGUUGCAGGGUUUUAAACUUUACAAUUAUUUUAAUAUUUUUGAUAACUAGGAAUCUAGUAUUGCCAUAAAGGAAACUAAGUGCCCAUUAAAGAUUUGUUUGGUAUAAAUAAAUGAUUUUUUUGUUUUGUUUUAAAUGACAGUAAGCUACAAAUCAUGAUGUUAAUCUUAAACUUUCUGAAGAUGAACUGUGUGGCAGUGAUUGUGUGGUCUGUUUGUGGAGAAUGUAUGGAAGCUAUUAAUAUUCUAAAAUAGAUUAAUAAAUUGGCUAUGUUGUCCCAAUGAAUGUACAGCACGUCCAUUAACUUUCAAAAGCAACACAGCCUUAAACUCAAUGCUUUUGCUUUAUGACAUGGGAAUGUUCUGUCACCAACAGAGUGUAUUCUUGUAAUAGAAUUCUUUAUAUCAUUUUCAAUUCUAUAGCCUUUCAAUCCUAUGUAUGAGUAUAAAGGAUUUCUGCUUCCUUUGUUUCUUUUUAAAUUUUGUACAUUCCAUCUUUUUAGGUCUGUUUCAUACGUUUUGUGUAUAGAACACUAAGUCUUGCGCGCUCUGACAUUGAUACUGAUAUAUUCUCAUUUGUUCUUUUAUGAAUCGAAAUGCUGACUGCCUAUUUAAAGAAAAGAAUGAACGCUGUGCAUCAAAGUGUUUGUAUGUCCGUAGCUACAUAUGUACCACAGUAUUUUGGAUGCUUUAGUCUACAAUAAAACUUUAAAUUAAUUCUGUCUUGAAACAUAGGAGAAACAAGAUUCAUGUGUAUACCUUUACCAUGCACAAAAUCUCAAAUCAUUAUAAUAAAGCUUGUUUUCUCCA